AUGGAGAUGAAAUGGGAGCAAUAUCAGCGAAACCCCUCUAUAAAUAAACAGCCUCCUGAAUAUCUGUACUCCUCAGACCACAGUCUGGUGUUUAUGUGCAAGUUACCCAUCAGGGAUAGGGGUCAGGUUGCAGGGGGUCAUGAAGUUCUGGUUGUCAAACUCCCAGCGCAGUGCACCGUUCACCAACUCCGACUACAGCUAUUCAUGCUCGCACAAGACACUAACAAGCUCCCAGACCCUUUUGGGCUCCUUGAUCCUGAGAAAUACAGUCUCUUGUACACAAAAGAUGAUGACCAGUAUGAAAUCUAUGAUGACUUUCAGGUACUGCAAACACUGGAUGCACCUUGGUUUCAGGAUGCUGAAGGACAUCAAGCAGUCUGGAUCACAGCUUUGCCAAAGCAGGGCAACUCGGAGGACAUGGCAGAUUACCAGCACUUUCUGAAUGAACUAAUAGGUUAUGAUUUAGACUGUGCAGCAGUUAACCGUUUAAGUGAACUAUGUUUUGCCCGCAGAAUGUUUGCCACACCGCGUAAGGAAGAACUGAAAAAACGAGAUCCUGUGGUGUAUGCCACAGAGCCCUGGACAACUUCUGUGCCAAUCCCAAAAGACCAACAAGAUCAAUUAAAACAUAAGCUAACAAUAAUUAUAUACUAUGAAAACAUGAGCUUUCCUAUUAAGACUAACUUGCGUAAUACACCUAAUGAUCUCCUUAAGUACAUUUGGAAAUCAGCAUCGCCUACUACAGUAGGCAAGUCUUUCAUUGAGUGGUCAGAUGAGCAAGUUUUUAAAGUCUGUGGCAGAGAGGAGUAUGUAUGUGGAGAUUUUCAACUCUCUGACUUCCUCUGGGUCCGACACUGCCUAAAGAACAUGAUGGAACUUCACCUCUCAUUGGUUUCCAUGGCCUCACUUUCCGAUGAUGCAGUGAGACAGGAAUACUGGCCCUUGGUUGACAGUCUGACAGGUCUCUCUAGCUCCCAUGAAGAAAUCUCAAUUGAUGGUAAGGAAAUGGAAGAGAUGGUCAUGAUUUCACUUUGGGAUUGUGAGAGGAACUUUAGGGUAAAGCUUAUAGGGUUUGAUAUACCUGAGCUGCCAAGUAAUAUGCCUCAAGUUGUCCAUGUAGAGGCCAUGAUUAUUUAUGGUAGCAGGGUGCUAUCAUCAGUUUGUUCAUUGUCAAAAGGCUUGGAAAAAGAAGUUCUGUGGAACACAUGGCUUGAGUUUGAUAUCCCUCUCAAGAAUAUCCCUCGUGGAGCCAAAUUAGGCUUCACAAUAAAUUCUAGUAGCAUGGAUACUACUCCCAUUAAAGAAACCAAGUCCCCUUCUCUUGGAUGCAAAGUUCCAGACUUCCAGAAAGGAAAAGGAAGGGUGUUAUAUUUUGUAAACCUCCAGCUGAUUGAUCACAGAGCUCUCCUCAGCCAGGGAUCCUACACACUGCAUAUGUGGUCUUUUCCAGAGCAGGAAGAAGAAGCCUUCACUUAUGAAGCAGACAAACUCUCUACUGCAACCAAUCCUGAUGUAGUCAAAUCCAUGGCAAUCACAUUUAUGCUGGAUCAGUAUAGUUUCCCUGUAGUCCUACCCCACAGCAGGAUGUCCACUGGUGCCAUGACUCCUCCCAGUGCAGUGUCUCUUUCAUCAGAUCCCAGGUCAUCUCAAACUGAAAUGUCCUAUCAGUCCUCCCCUACAUCAUCCUCAGAACACUCCCUGAAGAGUUUCCGGGAGAAGAGUGUUCUUUAUGCUUCAAACCUUCCUCAGUUUCUCUGUAAGGUAGACUGGCUGAAGCCUAGUGCUGUUCAAGAUAUCCAUUGGCUGCUGGAUCACUGUGUGCCUCAGGACUUGGAACUGGCUGUAGCUCUGGAACUGCUGAGUGUGAACUACACAGAUGAGAAAGUCAGGAAAUUGGCUGUUCAAAGGCUGGAGAUGAUCUCUAAUGAGGAGUUACUGAGGUACCUACUGCAGCUGGUCCAGACGUUGAAGGUAGAGCCAUAUCAUGACAGCUGCCUGGCACGCUUCCUGAUCCAAAGAGCACUCAGGAGCAAGCAUGUAGGACACUUCUUCUUCUGGUUCUUGCGGAGUGAAGUGGGUGGUUGCCCAUUUUUUCAACAGCGUAUGGCAGUUAUAUUGGAAGCUUACCUCCUGGGCUGUGGUGAGGCCAUGCUGACAAGCUUCCAGAGACAAGUUCAAGUUAUCAAGGUUCUGCAUGAUGUGGCCAUUAGGGUGAAAAUACUGUAUCCAGAAAAAAGUGCUCUUUCACCAUUGGCUGCCCAGAAACUACAAGACAUAUUGCAGGAAUAUAGUUUUCCUCCUGACUUCCAGGUGCCUUUUGAUCCCCGGAUCAAAGCAGGAUCAAUCCUUCUGAAAGAAUGUAAAGUGAUGGCCUCCAAGAAAAAGCCUCUCUGGCUCGAGUUCUCUUGUAUGGACUCUGAGGCACCAGCUGGUCCACCAGUAGGAAUCAUCUUCAAACACGGUGAUGACCUGAGACAGGACAUGCUCAUUAUCCAGACACUGAUGGUGAUGGACUCAAUUUGGAAAGAAAAUUCUAUGGAUCUCAACCUGGUGCCAUACGGUUGCAUCUCCACAGGAUUUCAAAUAGGUGUGAUUGAGAUUGUGAGAGAUGCUGUUACCAUUGCUGCUAUUCAGAGGAGUCAUGCAGGGACAGCAGGAGCUUUCAAUAAUAACGCCUUAUUUGAUUGGCUCAAGGGAAGGUGUUCCAUACAGGAAAAGCUGUAUCAAGCACUGGAGAAAUUUGUCAGUUCAUGUGCUGGUUACUGUGUGGCCACGUACGUUUUGGGCAUAGGUGACCGGCAUAAUGACAACAUCAUGAUUACAAAUCAAGGGAAUCUCUUCCACAUUGAUUUUGGUCACAUUCUGGGCAACACCAAGAGCUUCUUGGGUGUGAACAGAGAGAGGGUGCCCUUUGUCCUCACUCCUGACUUCCUGUAUGUCAUGGGCAAAGUGAAGGGCCAAACAAGCUUGUCCUUCCAGAGGUUUAAGGACAUUUGCAUCCAGGCCUACAUGUCCCUGCGCUCUCAGUCGCGCCUGCUGGUGACGCUUUUCUCCCUCAUGCUGCUGACGGGCAUACCUGAGCUCAGCACAGCAGGUGACAUGCGGUAUCUGCGCAAUGCACUGCAGCAGGAGCACAGCCAGGAGGAGGCGCACCAGCACUUCCUGCAGCAGAUUGCCAUGUGUGAGGAUAAGGGCUGGACCGUGCAGGCCAAUUGGUGGAUCCACUUGGUGGCUGGCAUCAAGUAA